CUCGAACUCCGUGCCAUUAAGUUGGGUGCUAUGUACGCGUCCAGAAAGGUAUCACUUUACCUGUCUGCAAUAGGGUUCCUUGUAACAAUAGUAGGCGCGAUAUGUCUUGGUAUAGCAGCUAAUAUGGAUUGCUAUGGAUACGAUGACUAUUACUGCGAUGGUCAAGCCCUGUUUCUCAAUGUGUCUGGUAUAACGCUCGUUGUACCAGGAGGAAUUAUGCUCUUCGUGGCUCUGAUCAUGUACUGUCGAACCAAGAACUCUCCAGAGCCCACUGUGGUUUCGUCCACCACCGCCGUCACCUAUCCCAGUGGAGUCAUCUAUCCACCUACUUCUACCCAGCUCAUCUACCCGCAAGUCUAUCCUCCUGUAACCACUCUCCAGGGCUAUCCGCAAAUUCAUCCCUCCGCAUCCACUGGCCAGGGUUAUCCACAAAUUUAUCCCUCCGCAUCCACUGAACAAGGUUAUCCACAAGUUCCUCCCCCUGCGUAUUCCCCUCCACCUUAUCCUCCAGCCUACGGGGAGCAACAGCAGAAGGGAUAAGUUGGUUAUUCCUCCACAUAGCCUACAUGGACUCCACUCAGCUCUAGUCAGUCUGAUCCGCUUAAUUUACUGCACUCGGCUCCACUCAGUCUGAUCCACUCACUGUACUACACUUAGCUCCACUCAGUCUGAUCCACUCACUGUACUACACUUAGCUCCACUCAGUCUUAUCCACUAAAUGUAUUACACUUAGUUCCAUUCAGUCUGAUCCACUUAAUGUACUACACUCAGCUCCAGUCAGUCUGAUCCACUUAAUGUUCCAUAUUCCAGGAAUCAGUUAAAGAGUGGUAAAUGUUAAUUUCCUAAUCUUUAUUUAUUUAUUAUUAUUAUUAAUCUGUAGCCAGAUGAUUGUUCUCUCAUAACCUUUCUUUCUUAGUUUAUUCAGAAUUGUGUAUAACAAAUGUCAACAGAAUAAAUGAAAUCUAUUA